CGGUUCUGGAAGUAUUCAAACCAAAACACAAAAACAGCUAAUGAACCAUCGAACAUGGAUCAGUGUUUCGGCGCCAAUAUUUGAACUUAGGUAGUUUACCAUCCCUGAAAUAAUAAACCACACCCUAUCCCCCGCAACAUUGUCGCCUGCAUAAGAAAAGUUCAAGUUGCUUCAGCCAGAGCUUCAGCCUUAUUAUAUUAAUAAUAAAUUUAUUCAUGAUGAGUGAUGAAAAUGUUGUAGAAUAUAUUUCUUUGGACAAUAAUUUGGACAAUUAUUUCUUUAAUAGCCGAGAUAGAAAUCUAGCCUUAAUAGAUCUAUAUAAAAAAUUUAAAUCAAGAGUGGGAACGGUGGAAAUGCGAUCAAACAAAAAAUUAUGGGAAGUGGUUGCUAAGGAAUUGGUCACCAUUUUUAAGGUUCCAGUAACUGCCACCAAGUGCGAAAAUAGGUGGAAAGUGCUGGAACGCAAUUACAAAAAGUGCGUCGACAACAAUAAUAGGACGGGAAGGGGUGUAAGGAUUUUCGAAUUCGAAAAAGAAUUCGAUGAAAUUUACGGAAAGAAAAAAAAUAUAAGGCCAAUUCUACUCUUGAGUAGUGCAACAGUAAAUAAUCCACAAGAUGUAGCUGCAGCUCCAUCAGCUGAAGAACCUGUUCCAGGAACAUCUCAUCAAGAUUCCCAAGAGGACACCAUAUGUCCCCCAUGUCUGCCCAGUACAUCCCGAGAUAAAGAAAAUACUGGGGCUGCAACGGCGAGGGCAACAUCAAAGAUUGUUAGGAAGAGGUCACUAAGAACAACAACCUCUUCCUACAAAAAACGAAAUGACAUUCUUGUGGAGAUGAAGAAUGACUUGAAAAGUUAUUACGAAUCAAAGAAGAAAAUUGAUCUGGAAAAAUUAGAGAUAGCAAAAAAAAAGCUUGAAGACCGAACGAAAAGAACAGAACUUCUAGAGCGAUAUCUCAAAAUUCAGACGAGCGUAAUAACUUUUCAAGAAUGAUCAUCUCCACAAGAAUGAUUCAUGGCUGUGAAAAAUUUUGUUUACAGAAGUUUAUCUACUUGUUUUAAAUCUAUUUUUGUUUCCUAUUCUACGUUAGUGAUUAUUUAUCCUCUCUUUUUAAUUGUGUUUUUAUUAUAUUUUUCUCUUUUUGAUAA